AUGUUUAAAACAUUAGGCACUGCUUCUAGAAAAUAUGGGCUCCACGUCCGAUAUCAAACUUAUACGUUUCAGCGUUUCAUAAGUAUUUCAAAUGAAAUUAUGGAAGUUAAAUCAUGCAAAAACUUGCGCAAUAGCUCAUUUCCUGAGCUAUUACAUUCGCCUCUGUCAACAUUAUUUGGCUUAUUAUGGAAAUCACCCUUACAGAAUAUAUAUAUUGUCAAGAAGCCCCGAAGUGAAAGAGUGAGGAAAGCCAUGAUUGAAUUUAUGUACCAUAUUCAUCAUGAAUAUCCAGCCGUAAAUAUGAUUGUUAGCGAAGACGUUGCUAAAGAAAUUACGGAGGAAAAGAAUGUAGGUAGAUUGAGGGAGAUUCAUAAGGACUUGAAGCUGAAAUUAACUAUGUAUACCGGCUCCUUUGAAUUAAUCGUGAAUAAGACUGAUUUAAUCGUCACGUUGGGUGGUGAUGGAACAAUUCUUCGAGCCGUGGGAGCAUUUCUGAAUGUCAAUGUACCUCCCGUACUAAGCUUUGCGUUGGGAACUUUAGGAUUCUUGCUUCCUUUUGAUUUCAAGACUUUUCAAGAUGCCUUUAAAAUGGUAUACGAAUCUAGGGCACAGGCAUUAUACAGAAGUAGACUAGAAUGUCAUGUGUUCAGGAAGAAUCCUGUUUCCACAGCUCAGACUACAGGCGGUGCACAAAUAAUGAAGCAUGCAUUGAACGAUGUAUCCAUACACAGAGGUGGACAAGGAAACCUUGCUUCCUUUGACGUAUUCAUCGACAAUGAGUUCCUUACUACAUCUACCGCAGAUGGUAUGGUGAUUUCUACACCCACUGGUUCUACAGCCUACUCUCUAAGUGCUGGAGGAUCAAUUACACAUCCCCUGAUUCCGUGCUUGUUGAUGACCCCCAUAUGCCCUAGAUCUUUAUCAUUUCGGCCCUUGAUUAUACCAUCAAGAUCUCAAAUAAUGAUUCGCUUGUCAGAUUCUAAUCGCUGCCUGUCGAUAAAAUUAAACGUUGAUGGUGUCUUCCAAAAAGAUAUGGAGCCUGGUGACGAAUUGCAUGUAAGUAGCGAAGACGGCGGACUAUCUUCUCUGAGUAGUCCUUCUUCUUCUGAAGAGAAGUCGCAAAUCCUGGGUGUCCAAAAGAGCACCAGCCGAAAUGGUAUAUUGUGCAUUGCGCGUAGCCAAAAUGAUUGGACUAAGGAUAUAAAUGAACUCCUAGGCUUCAAUUCAUCCUUUAAAUACAUGAAAAGAAGAUUCUAA